GGUUCUCUUCUCUGAUAGCAACUUUCUUUUUAUAUAUUUUGGGAAUCCAAUACCAUCUUCAAAAAAGUCCAAAAUCCCCACUUUUUUGAUUUCAUUUGCCGCUUCCGCCAUUACUAUGCUCUGCAACCUCCUCCUCCUCCCUCCUCUUUCUAGAGAGAGAAACACCACAAUAAUGAAACUACCAACCACAAACCAAAAACACCCCCACUAGAUUUCACUACAACUAAACAUUCAUGAACACCACCAACAACAAAAACAACCACCACCUUCUUCACUCUCUCUCUCUUCACCACAGUUUGCAGAAAAGCAAGAGAUCUGUGCUUGCACUUCUCUCUCUUCUUCUUCUUUUCCUCUUAGCUUACAAUGUUGCCACUGUAUUCUCCUUUCAAGUCCCUUUUCUGCCCAGAAUCCCGCCGGAAUCCGCCAGUUUUUCCCCGGAAAAUGUCUCUGGAAAAUCAGCGAAAUGGCGGUCUUCUUCGACUAAGCUCUCUUCUACUGUGAUGUAUGCUGUCAAGGAAGAAAACCCACCAUCUAUCCCGAAGAACCACUUGCCGAUUUUACAGAAACCGCACGAUUUGGUGGUUCUUCGAAACGAUUCUGUGGUGUUUUCGCCGAAAAGGAUGCGAAGAUUCAAACUGGUGCUGAAGAUUCUGCGUUCGGAGGCUCGGGCAAAGCUGUUUUCGACGAGAGUGAAAGAGUUUUUGGAUUCGAAUUCAUGUAAGUUACGGUUUUUCAUGACUUGGAUUUCGUCAUUGGAUUCAUUUGGAGACAGAGAAUUGUUAACAAUACAGAGUCUGUUUAAGUUUCACCCAAAUGCUUGUUUGAUAAUCGUAUCGAAUUCGAUGGAUUCAAGAAGAGGAAUGCAAGUUUUAAGACCCUUUUUGGAUAAGAAUUUUCGUGUCAUUGCUGUUUCACCUGAUUUUAAUUAUUUGUUCAAGAACACAGUGGCUGAAACUUGGUUUAAUCGGUUAAAAAAAGGCGACGUUGACCCCGGUGAUGUUUCGCUAGGCCAAAACCUCUCAAACUUGCUUAGACUCGCUCUGUUAUAUAAAUAUGGAGGUAUUUAUAUAGACACUGAUGUUCUAAUUCUAAAGAGUUUCGCGAAAUUAAGUAAUUCGAUCGGUGCACAAACGAUUGAUGUUAAAACGGGUAAUUGGAGUCGAUUGAACAAUGCUGUGAUGAUAUUUGAUAAAGGACAUCCAUUACUGUACAAGUUUAUUGAAGAAUUUGCGCGAACUUUCAAUGGAAACAAGUGGGGUUACAAUGGGCCUUACUUAGUUUCAAGGGUUGUUUCGCGGGUUGAAGGAAAACCCGGGUUUGAUUUCCAUGUUUUGAAUCCAAUAGCGUUUUAUCCAGUUGAUUGGAGUAGAAUUAGUGGUUUGUUCCGGGGUCCAAGGAACAAGGCUCAUUCGAAAUGGUUUGGUGAUAAGCUCAAUCGCAUACGAAGCCAAAGCUACACGGUGCAUCUUUGGAAUAGGCAGAGUAGAAAGCUUGCAAUCGAGGAAGGAAGCAUCAUCGGUCAUAUAAUGUCCGACUGUUGUGUUUUCUGCAAUUCUUCGGCGUCAAAUGUUGUAAGUACAUAAUAAUACGGGUGAUAAAUUAUUCAUCUUCCAUGUUGAAGACUUGUGUAUGUGGUUAUGGACUAACUCAGUCCAUUCCACCAAUUUACUCACUAUUCACGAACAAAAAUGCAGGGAAAAGAAAAUCUAUUGUCCUCUCAAUGGUUGUAAUUAAGAUUUUCAUCUCUUCGAAGUUGUUCCGACUUGUAUCUUUUGCAAGAUCUGAAUGAAAUGGCAAAUAGAUGAAUAGAUUAUUCAACA